AUGUCGGCCUCGUCGCGCAGCCAGAGCUCCUCCCCCGAUAUCCUAGGUCCUCCAGGCGAUGCCCAGUACUUGAUCUCAUCACCAAUAAAACCAUUUACAGGACGCCAAAGCUGGAUGUCUCCUAUGAUAGUGAAAUCACGAACUCCAGCCAAGCGACCGCGACCGCGCGUCAGCCUCAGUCCCGCAAAAAGCGCGCAUUCGAUUCAAUUCAACGAUGUGAUACUCCCUGGGUCACCGACAAUGAAGCUCAAUGGUGGUCGACAGAGGUCGCUCUCUCCGGAGAAGCUUCAGGAUGGAAAUGUUAGCCCGUGGCGGAUCCGACUCACGCUCGAAGCGACACAAGACGAAGAGAACGAGAACCAAGCUAGCCCGUCGCGCAAACGAUUUAAACCCUCGACCAUGACAACAAUGAUACCAUUAAAGGAUGAGAGGAGCCCGUUGAAGGAGAAGACACCCCAAAGGCGGCGAGGGCGUCCCCGAAAGUCAGACAUGGCUUUGUCCCCGUUUCCCGGGGGUGCUGGACAUACUCCUGGACCGGGAAAUACCCCUGGGCCGGGAAAUACUCCUGGGCUACGAGUCGGUGACUCCCAACCGUGGAAAAGAGGCAGACCACGGAGCACGCCCAAACCGAAACCACAAGAUUUCCAACUGCUGGAUGACCAACCAACACCGACGGCAAACUACGACCACACCUUUAGUCCCAUGGAUAUCAUUCCCAAUAGUGAUGCCCGCCAAAUUCGACAAUUUAGCCCAAUGGACACCAUGACCAAUGAAGCUGAUCUAGUUCAAUAUGAAUACAGCCCGAUGGACACUAUAGCUAGUGAAGCUAGCAUGGCCCACCGACAACUUAGCCCCACGGAUCCCCUCACUAGCGACGCUGGCCUAGGCCAAGAACAAUUCAGUCCGACAGAUUCUUUCGCUGGGAGUAAUGCGCACGCUAGUCCCUUAAAUCUCGUAGGGGAUGCAGACUCGGAAGACGACUCUUGGGGGAACUCGGAUAUGUCAAUUGCAGAGCUUCCCGACCCAACAGAGCCUGUCACGGAAGACCUCGGCAAUAUUCGCCGUGAGUACGGUCGAACGAGUCUGGAGACGCCUGUUAUCGGAGCUACUGAGCAUCACUUCUUGGAUGAUGAAAAUAUACACUCUACGCCGUCUAAAAUGCCAUCACCUACACGUGAGAGAGCAACAUUGUCAUCGAGAGCUUCUCAUAUUACGUCUAGCCCCCAAUCUCGUACAUAUCCGACUCCUACCCCCACGUCCUCGCUGGCAGAUGAAGAGAAUCAAACCCGACAAGUCGACGUGGAUCACCCCCUAAGAACUGACACCCAUCAUGCCGGAACUGAUCCCGUUGAAGAUCCUGCAGAGGAGUACGACGAAUUUGACACCAUCAUGGAAAGUGAAGGAUUCACCAUGAUUUCCCUCGACACACUCCCAUCAGCCAAGCAGCAUGGAUUCGGUUCUGGCACUGUGACGAAUGGUGGUCCCAAACCAAAGGAAGUCGGAGACAGGUUAAGACGCAAACUUCCUGGGACGAUCGAAGACCUCCGCGGUGAUUCACGUGCUCAAAAGUUAUCAAGUCCAGGCGCUACGGGUCUAGAUGCCGGGUUAUACGAUAAUCUCGGUACCCAUGCUUUGGAAAAGAACCCUGUACAUGCGACUGAGGACCAGUCUGUUAACUCCGUCAAUGGGAUCGUCUACCCAGAACUCCCUGCUGCGUCAUCUCCCACUAAACCGACAACUGCUCCAAAGAAAAAGACAUUCACGAGUUUAGCCAAACUUGUUCGCCUAAGCUUGGCCCUGCAAGGUCCUUUCCGGCCCCAAGAAGACGAGUGGUCAGGCAAGAGUAAUGCUCGUCACAAAAGACGUCGGUUGGAGGGUGUUUUCAGCACAUUCAACGCCGAAACGCAGAGAAAACUCCGAGCUGCUAUGGGUCUAGGGCAAGAGCUAGCUAUGCGUAGAAUGCUCGCUGACGAAAACAAGGCUGCAGCUGUAGCAGCAGACCAUGCAGCAUCUCGUCUCGAGGAGGAACGUCUCCAGAAGGAGCAGGAAGAACAGGAAGAACGUCACUACAACGACUUCAACGACGAAGAAGCUGAAGAGCAAUAUCAUGAUCAGCCCUUCGAAUACGAGAUCAAAAAGCAAGAAGAAUACACCCAACAGUCCCAUUCCAAGCUCAACAACACCAUGCAGCAAAGUCCGAUGUCCCACCAAAAGGUACAGCGGGAGGCAAAGUGGCAGCUUGAACGAGAGACUGUCAGCCGCCAGGCUCAGAUGGCUGCAAACUCACGGUCGGUCGUUUAUAUUGAUAGCGAUGAGAAUGUGCCGGAGGAUGAGGGGGACAUCGGACUUGAGUAUGAACAACGAUCUGUAUCUGAGACAAGAAACGGUUUUUAUGAAGAGCCGAAUGAUUCUGCACCUGGCCCAGAACUAGCCCCACCGGCGUAUGCGCCCCAAGACGUUGAACCCGAGCCCGAGCCUGAGGAAGACGAGGACGAUGGCUAUGAUGACAUCUGGCAACUCGAAGCUAACGAUCACAGUCAUGUCUCACAACACUCUGCGGAGGAGGGUGUUCAGUCAGACAUGCAGCCGCUUGCACAUUCUUCAGGCAAUCUUGCUCCAAGUUCGGUUGGCCAAGACUACCUAAGCUCAUCUCCUUACGCUACUUCAGAGCAUGAUUAUAUAGCGCGCUUUGGGCCAUCCAAAGUUCGUGAACUCCGUGAACAAAAGGUUGAUUUGUCUGCUUUGCUUGCAGAAGAAGAUACACCAAACCGCGCGCGGUAUUAUAAUGGAACGAGUACGCCUCGGAGUGUACUCACCCGCCCAUCAGGGACACAACACUCACCAAUGAAUAAAUCUGUCAUGAAGGACUUGAUAUCGCGCACUCCAGCUCGUAUUCGUUUGCAGCCUCUCUCCCAGUCCAGCCCAGAUGUCCCCAAUCCACGGGCCCCCAGUCCACAAAUUGCGUCCCUCGGUGGAAAUAAAUCUCCCAAAAUGGUACAAAGAAGCCUGCCUAUUCAAGAAGCUUUAAAAGAAGACUAUGGCGACAGCGCCGUUUCCAAUGCCGCUUUCAGUCAAUCGGAAUCUGCCAACGGGGGCUCUGCCUCCACCCCACAGCCUCGUCACCUCAAUAGGGAGGGGCCAGGGUCAUCCUGGUUCAGUAAAAUAACCAGUUUCACGCCGCAAUGGCUGAAAGCCCCCACCCGUGACCGAAGUUCAAGUGUUAGUACUAUUCCGGAGGAAGUAUCUGACUUCGAAGAUGAAGAGGAAAUAGCCAGCAUUGAAUCUGCGAAGGAGCUUGACGGACACCUCCAGGAUGAGCCGCUCUCAAAACAAGUGAGCCAAUCACCCGCAAGCCAUUGGAGACAGCCAUCUCCGUCCCAGUCUCCUCAAAUACAGCAGGAUCAUAUUCCCGCGAACGAUUGGAGACAGUCAUCACCACCUCAAUCGCCUCGGUUAGAGCAAGAUCCUAUUCCUACAAUGGAAGCUGAGGAGGGCCUGAUUCACGAGAGAAGUGUUUCUCGAGACCUCAUAGAAGAAGAGGAGGUGGCGAAUUCCGAGCGGAGUGUCUCGCAAGAUCCCUUGGAGAAGGAAGAUGCAGACCCAAUGGACCAACAUGAGGCGUCACCAGGGCCUCGACCACUUGCUCUCUUCGGAUACUUCUCCGACGAGCAUUAUGCUGCGCUUCGUCGUAUCUACCGAGUUGCCAAGCGACAUCCCGAGCGCUUUGAAUAUUACGAUUCUCCAGGGCGGGCUGUUAUCAUCGGUGAUUGGAUAUGGACCUCCGAUGGUCAUCACGGGGUGCCCAUCACAGAGAUCCAGUUUGCCAUCAUCGAUCGCUUUGCCCAGGAACUUGUUCGGGCUGAUAUCCAAUAUGGUGGCAGCGGGCAGAUCGAUUGGACAGAAGCUGAUCUGCACCGAAGACUCAUUAGCAUCAUCAUUGGCGAGCAGAUCCGAGAGGAAAGAAGGGCCAAGGCCAACCGCGGUACUUCGGUGGAUACAUGGCGAUGA